GCCGGCGACCUCCCCGCCAGGCCGGGCGGUCCCCGCGCAGGACGCACCUGCGCAGGAGGCCCCCGGCCCGGGGCUGGCGUGGAGGCCGCAGGCGCCCGGCCUAGCUGGUGGGAGGAAGGGCCGGGAGUGGGCGCGAUGGGCGAGAGCGGGUGCGGACGCCGAUAACAUCUCCGUCGCACCGGGGCCUCGGGGAGGACUUCGAGCCGCGCAGAGCUCGAAGACUCGCACAGUAUGACCGAAAGCCCCUCCCUGCCUUCUCUAAGCAGCUCAGCCUGUUUCUGUAGCCAGAAAGUUACAGUUCUCCCCAUUCGAAGCAACCAAAGUCAGAAAAGUGUUGCAAAUGGGACUCCCAGAGGCCAGGCUGAAGCUGCCACACUAGCUGGAAUCGGCUACCUUGGAGGGGGACGUGGGAAUUCAUUCCAAGGGGCGGGGGAUUCUUUCAAAGAGCAUCUCGCCUGCUUAUAAAGGAGGCUGGCUCUGAAGCCGUCAUCUGGAGUCUGUGGUGAAGGCCUCUUGUUAGGGAAACUGGAUGGUUCGUGUUCAAAAUCCAUUUUGCGUGUGUGCAAGGACACAGGUGGUAUUAAACAGAUGAGAAAAUCAGAUGACUGAAAUUUUCAAUACUAAAUAAGAUGAUUUUUAGUUUUUCUAGGGGCACUGUUGUUUGUGACCACAAUGAAAAAUGUAGACAGUGAUGAUCUGGUAACUGGCACACUUCCCAAGCUCAAGAGCUCAAAAGAACGGUUGGAGCCCAAGCCCGUUUGUUUUAUGGAGGUCUUAGCUAAAGAAGAUACUGAGGCAACUAUUCAAUCAAUAUUAUACAGAGAAAAUUAUGUAAUUAAGGAACUAGAUGAGUAUUUACAACAUCAUGCCUUCUUAAAUGCAAGAAGAAAGGAGAUGUUAUAUAAAAGAUGGGUUGACUGUGUGGCAGAUCCUCUUCAGAAGAAAAUUAGAGAAAAAGUUUGCUCACAUAAGAAGAUUAAAAAAAGGAGGCAAGGGGAAUUAGAUGGCUUUUUAAGACAUGUAAAUAAAAAGGGAAAUGCAUUUAUCGAACAUUAUGAUCCAAAAGAGUAUGAUCCCUUUUAUAUGAGCAAGAAGGACCCCAAUUUUCUGAAGGUUACCAUCCCACCAUUUCAUGACCCCUUGAAAAAAGCACAAUAUGACAAGGAUAAUGAAAAAAGAACUCUUCUUCAGUGUGAGACUGGCAAAAUAUAUUCAAUAAAGGAAUUCAAAGAAGUUGAGAAAGCUCAGCUGCAUUCCAAAUUCCCACAAAUUUCUAAUUCAAGGCACUUUAUGACUCCAAACGAGUGGCUGAAACUGCCUACAAGAUACAUAGAAAGUGAAUUUUGUAAAAGGAGAAGGUUAAAGGUGAGAGUGAAUUUUAACGACUGUAGUUUUGAUUUGAAACCCUUGGCAAGAGCUCCUUACCUUUUGGAAUCCCAGGAAGAAGAAAAAUCAGUUAUUUACAAAAACAAAGGGUCAUCCUUUCUAGAAAGAGAAUCACUGUGUUAUCAGGAGGGAAAGAAUCCAAGUGCCAAAGAGGCCACCUCUGAAGGGUAUUUUUCUUCCUUGAGCCUCAGCCAGGAACGGGAGGAAGACCAGGUUGGGUUUCAGCAACCAAGGAGCACACACCCUGAUCCUUGGUUGGUGAAAAGAUACACAAAAUCAGGCUGCUUCAGAGGAAGUCAUCUGCUCGCAGGAAUCAGGGUGAAGCCCAAGGAAGGCACUCAAGAAUUGUCCUGUCUCUAAAAAAAAGCAUCUGCAACAAACUUCCUUUAAUUUUUGAUUUCAGUGUCUGUGAUAAUUAAGAAAUGGCAAUACCAUGUAUUUUCCCCAGAAGUUAAGAAAUACCGCUGAACGAACCAAUAAAAAUAAUUACAGCUCCCUCA